CUCCGGCGGCUACCGCGGGCGGGCGCAGGCGACGGGGACGGCGGGCUAGCGGGCGGCAUGGCGGCGGCAGGGCUCGCGGCAGGGCCGACGGGGCCCGAGCCCAUGCCAAGCUACGCGCAGCUGGUGCGGCGCGGCUGGGGCAGCGCGCUGGCGGCGGCGCGGGGCUGCACGGACUGCGGCUGGGGGCUGGCGCGCCGCGGCCUGGCCGAGAACGCGCACCUGGCGCCGCCCGAGCUGCUGCUGCUGGCCCUCGGCGCGCUGGGCUGGACCGCUCUGCGCUCCGCGGCCACCGCGCGCCUCUUUCGGCCCCUAGCGAAGCGGUGCCGCCUCCAGCCCAGAGAUGCCGCCAAGAUGCCAGAGAGUGCUUGGAAGUUUCUCUUCUACCUGGGCAGCUGGAGCUACAGUGCCUACCUGCUUUUUGGCACCGACUACCCCUUCUUCCAUGACCCACCCUCUGUCUUCUACGGUAGGGGCCCUGAGGGGAUGGCAGGGAGGGCUCUGCUUAAAACACAAAGAAAGCUCAGGAAAGAAUCCUGGAGGAGGGACCCCUGUGUGGGCCCAGGCAGGCCUUCCAGGGGCUCUGUGCUGGGGGCCCUAGUGCAGAGUGGGUCCCCCAGUGUUAGCCACCCUCUCCUCUCUGCUUCCUGCUCCCCCAGGUACCACAAUGUGGGCAUCCUUGUGCUUUUCCUGCACGAUAUCAGCGACGUGCAUCUUGAGUUCACCAAGCUCAACAUCUAUUUCAAGUCCCGCGGCGGCUCCCACCACCGGCGGCAUGCCCUGGCGGCAGACCUGGGCUGCCUCAGCUUCGGCUUCAGCUGGUUCUGGUUCCGCCUCUACUGGUUCCCACUCAAGGUCCUGUACGCCACGAGUCACUGCAGCCUGCGCGUGGUUCCUGACAUCCCCUUCUACUUCUUCUUCAACACGCUCCUGCUGCUGCUCACCCUCAUGAACCUCUACUGGUUCCUGGUGAGUCAGCCCAGGCUGUCUUCCACAGCGGUGGUCCCCUCCUUGUUCCUGGGCACUCGCCUCCCCACCAUCAUACUCAUCCCCUGCACCUAUCAUCUGGCCAACAUGUCCCCAAGAAAACGGGGUGUCCGGGUGAGGACGUCCACCUGCUGCUACAGUGGACGACAGUCCCUCUCCCUCUGA